GGGAGCCGGGGGCGCAGCCUGGCGAGCGGGCGGCGAGAGGCGCGGCGCUGGGCGGCGCCGAGGCCCAGGGGCCGCCGGAGCCUGCGGGAACCCGUCCCCGUCGUCUCCCCUCGCCCCCCACCCUGUCGCCGGCAGCGGUCCCUGCGGCGCGGACGUCCGGCGCGCGAGGGAAAGGUCCCCAAAAUGGCCUAGUAAUAAAGGCACCUUCUGGCGCUCAGGAGCACCUUUUCCCGUGGGUGCCUGCCCGGGCCAGUGGCAUCGUGUUGAGCUGAAGGAACUUGUCUACUGCGUUCCUGAAAACCUCUUUCUCUCCUAAUUCAUGAGCCAGCAGGAUGCGGUCGCUGCGCUUUCAGAACGCCUUCUCAUAGCUGCGUACAAAGGCCAAGCAGAGAAUGUGGUUCAGCUCAUCAACAAGGGCGCCAAGGUAGCAGUUACCAAGCAUGGCCGGACCCCCCUUCAUCUUGCUGCCAAUAAGGGCCAUCUUUCUGUGGUCCAGAUCUUGCUGAAGGCUGGCUGUGACCUCGAUGUCCAGGAUGAUGGGGAUCAGACUGCCUUGCACCGGGCCACAGUGGUGGGGAACACAGACGUCAUCGCGGCGCUCAUCCAGGAAGGCUGUGCUCUGGACCGCCAAGACAAGGACGGGAAUACAGCCCUACACGAAGCAUCCUGGCACGGUUUUAGCCAGUCAGCCAAACUGCUCGUUAAAGCAGGAGCCAACGUGCUUGCCAAGAACAAGGCGGGAAACACCGCUCUGCACCUGGCCUGCCAGAACAGCCACUCCCAGAGCACACGCGUCCUCCUGCUGGGCGGGUCCCGUGCCGACCUCAAAAAUAAUGCAGGCGACACCUGUUUGCACGUUGCUGCACGCUAUAAUCACUUGUCCAUCAUUAAGCUCCUCCUCAGUGCUUUCUGUUCUGUCCAUGAAAAGAACCAGGCUGGAGACACAGCACUUCAUGUUGCUGCUGCCCUAAAUCACAAGAAGGUGGUUAAAAUCUUACUGGAAGCUGGAGCAGAUGGGACGAUUGUUAAUAAUGCAGGCCAGACUCCACUGGAGACUGCUCGCUACCACAAUAAUCCGGAAGUUGCUCUUCUCCUCACUAAAGCUCCCCAGGUCUUGCGCUUCAGUCGUGGGCGAAGCCUGAGGAAAAAGAGAGAGAGGCUCAAGGAAGAGAGGAGAGCUCAGUCUGUGCCAAGAGAUGAGGUGGCACAAAGCAAGGGAAGUGUCUCAGCAGGAGACACCCCCAGCAGCGAACAUGCUGUACCCAGAAAAGAAGAGGCCAGAGAAGAUUUUCUGUCUGCCUCCCCAGAGCCCAGAGCAAAGGACAAUCGGCAGAGAAAGUCAAGGCCCAAGGUGUCCGCGUUUUCUGAUCCCACCCCACCAGCAGACCAGCAGCCUGGACACCAGAAGAGUGCGCAUGCCCAUAAUCAUCCUAGAAAGAGGCCCCGGCACCGAUGCUCCCCCCCUCCCCCUCCCCAUGAGUUCAGAGCCUACCAGCUCUACACGCUGUACCGGGGCAAGGACGGGAAAGUGAUGCAGGCACCGAUCAAUGGUUGUCGAUGUGAACCCCUAAUCAACAAGCUGGAGAACCAGCUGGAGGCAGCUGUGGAGGAGAUCAGAGCAGAGCUGGGGUCCGUGCAGGAUAAAAUGAACACAAAGCUGGGACACAUGGAGGGCAAGACCCAGCAUCAGAUGCGUGUUUUGGACAAGCUGAUGGUGGAGCGGCUCUCAGCGGAGAGAACCGAGUGCCUGAACCGCCUGCAGCAGCACUCGGACACGGAGAAGCACGAGGGAGAGAAACGACAGAUGUCACUGGUGGAUGAAUUAAAAACCUGGUGCAUGUUAAAGAUUCAGAAUCUGGAGCUGAAGCUUUCUGGAGAUUCUAGGGCCUCUAGGACCAAAUCCACACCAUCUACUUGCGAGUCCUCUACAGGUGUGGAUCAAUCAGUGGUCACUGCAGGUCCAGUAGCAGCUUCUGACAGUUCUCCUCAGGUGGUGAGGCCCAAGGAAAAGGCCUUCAACUCCACCGCUACCCACCGACUACAGCAGGAGCUGUCUUCCUCAGACUGUACAGGCUCUCGACUGAGGAAUGUCAAGGUCCAGACAGCCUUGCUACCCUUGAAAGAGGCAGCCAGAAAUGAUCAGCAGGCUGGGCCCUGUGUUGACAGAGGCACCCAAACCAAGAAGUCUGGGAAAAGUGGUCAGACAAGGCAUCGGACCCAGCACCCAGCACCCAGCAACCCCUGUGGGCUGCCGCCACCAGCAGCAGGCAGCGAGCAGACCGCCCCUCACAUUCGAGACACCUCCCAAGCUCUGGAGAUCACCCAGUAUUUUUUUGAGGCCGUUUCUACCCAGAUGGAAAAGUGGUAUGAAAGGAAGAUUGAGGAAGCACGAAGCCAAGCCAGUCAGAAGGCCCAGCAAGACAAGGCCACCCUGAAGGAACAUAUUAAAAGUUUAGAAGAAGAACUUGCUAAACUAAGGACGAAGGUGCAGAAAGAAAACUAGGACCUGGGGAGCUGCACAAGAAGGGAUUCCUGGCUUUGCAGCUCUAGAAGAGCUAUGGCCAACAUGUCUGUUAUCGCGCACGUGGCGGACUUGCCUUUCAAAAAACAGUCGAAUUUCUGAAAUGUGCCAGACGCAAGCUUCCCAUGCCCUGAAGUUAUGACGACUUCAACAGUGAGACUGAAACCAGGGGACACUUGCUUAGUUGCAGGUUUCAUUACAAAUUCAUAACCUCAGACCAGGGUCAUCUGAGAUUCAAAAGCUCAGAUUAGGUGAGCCACGCUAAGCAGCUGUACGAUGCGUCGAGCCUAAACCCUAAAAUUCAGGAUGUAUGAAAUAAUAUAAGUCAAA